UGUCAGAGCUAUCCCAGUUAUUACCAAAAGUUGAAAAUAUUAUAAAAUCAAAACAAUGGCGUUUUUACGCAUUGCAGCAGUAUUGUGUUUGGCUUUUGCCGCAUCGUUUGCCGAGGAUCUGGCUUGUCCAGGAAUCUGCACGGACGACUAUAGACCAGUUUGUGCCACUGCACCAGGAGAACGUCUGAUUACUUUCUCCAAUGAAUGCGAAAUGAGAAACUUUAACUGCCACCAAAAGAAAUCUCUGAAGAAACUUAGUGAUGGUAAAUGUCCACAAAUGACAAGGGAGACGGAAAAAUGCACUUCAUUCUGUACAUUUGACUACAGACCUGUAUGUGCAGCAGCCGAUGGUGAAAUCAAAACAUUUGCAAAUGAAUGUAUUCUCAAAAACUACAACUGUCAAGAGCGCAAAUCUCUCAAGAAGGUCAGUGAUGGUGAAUGCCCUAAAAUAACAAGAGAAGCUGAAAAUGAUUGCAACUCCUUCUGCACUUUGGAGUUUAAUCCCGUAUGUACCCAACAAAAUGGAGAAUUCAGAACUUUUGCAAAUGAAUGCGUCCUCCGUACCUUCAAUUGCCAAAAACGUCAAUCAUUCAAAGUUGUCAGCUCAGGAGUUUGUCCAGAAAUUAAAAGGAAAUCUGAACAAAAAUGCUUAUCAUUCUGCACAUUUGAUUACAGGCCAGUUUGUGCUGGAGAAAGUGGAGAACUAAGAACAUUUGCCAAUGAAUGCGAUUUGCGAAAUUACAACUGCCAACAACGCAAAUCUCUCAAAAAGAUUAGCGAUGGGGAGUGUCCACAAAUCACCAGAAGCGACAAGGCAUGCAAAGGAUACUGCCCUAAAAUCUACAGUCCAGUCUGUGCAGGAAUGAACGGAGAAUUCAGGACCUUCGACAACGAAUGUAUCUUACAAAACUAUAACUGUGAACAUCACUUGUCCCUUCAGAAAGUCAGUGAAGGCGUUUGCCCCAAAAUUUUAAGAACUAAAGAAAAUUGUCAAUUAUUCUGCACACUCGAAUACAAACCAGUUUGCGCCGCUGCAUUUAAUGGUGAAAUAAGAACUUUUGCCAACGAAUGCGUUUUAAGGAGCUACAAUUGCCAGCAAAGAAAAUCCCUUAAGAAAGUAAGCGAUGGUGAAUGCCCUCAAAUUACCAGAAGCGAAAAGAACUGCAACUUGAAAUGUACCAAGGAAUACAAGCCAGUUUGUGCUGGAGUUAAUGGUGAAUUGAAAACUUUCAGCAAUGAAUGCAUUUUGCAAAGUUACAAUUGUGUGAAUAAUAAAUUUCUAAAGAAGAUCAGUGAUGGAAAAUGUCCAGAAAUUGUAAGAAGUGAGAACAGUUGUCAAUCAUUCUGCACACUUGAAUACAGACCAGUUUGUGCAGCAGCCGAUGGAGAAAUAAGAACUUUUGCCAACGAAUGCGCCUUAAGAAACUACAACUGCCAGCAAAGAAAAUCACUCAAAAAAAUCAGUGAAGGUGAAUGUCCCCAAAUUACCAGAAACGGAAAGAACUGCAACUUGAAAUGCACCAAGGAAUACAGACCAGUCUGUGCCGGAGUCAACGGGGAAGUAAAAACUUUCGGCAAUGAAUGCGUUUUGCAGAGUUACAAUUGUGUAAAUAAUAAAUCUCUUCAGAAAAUCAGUGAUGGCGAAUGUCCCAAAAUUGUAAGAAGUAAAGAAAACUGUCCAACCAUGUGCACUUUGGACUACAGGCCAGUUUGCGCAGCAGCCAACGGUGAAGUCAGGACUUUUGCCAACGAAUGCGAUUUGCGCGUUUACAACUGCAAACAACAUAAAGCUCUGCAAAUCUUGAGCGAAGGAGAAUGUCCACAACUCACAAGAUUUUAGAAUGAACUUGUUCGUGGCC